UGGCCCACUUUUAGCUCAUUUGGUGAUUUUUCACUUCCAAUUUUUAUAACAUGGCAUAGGUUGCUACAGCCUACAAGGUUGGAAAUUUCUAUUUUACAUUUAUUUUUUUGGAAGUUACAUGUUAAGUUCAUGCUCUUGAAUUAUUUUGCUGAUUCUGCAACUAGAGGGUUUUUGGACUUACCCUCCCUCCUAUUUGUUAAAAAUCAAAAAGUUUUAGUGCCAUCAAUAGUAUAUCCAUGAAACUAGAACCUAGCAUGGAACAGUCAGCUUUUGGAAGCUCAAGAAAGCCAGAUGAAGCAGAGUUCAAUUUGAGAGAAUGGGCUCUAAAGUCUAAACUUAGCAGAGAAAAAGCUAAUUCAAGAAGGUACUCAGCAUCUUAUAUUGGAAGUUUUAGAGAAAAUGCAAAAUCUUUUAGAUCAAAUGUAAUAAUUUCAAGCACUGCUUCUUCUCCUGGCUACACCUUAAGAGAGGAAAUUGAUCCAUCUAAAUAUUCUUUUACCACUGCCCUGAAAGCAUUGCAGGCAAAAACAUUAUAUAGUUGGGAAUACAUGUCACCAGAUGGUUUAGCUCUAAAUUCAAAGUGGAAUGAAGCUGAGAAAUACAUAUGCAAUCCAUUGUCAGGGGAAGUUCCUUUGGAAUGUUUAUCUACAAAAACACUGAAUGACAGAUCAUUUCGCCAAUCAAAUAGCAGAAUUGCUGUCUCAGCACCUCUCAUUUAUCCUUCUCAUAUUCAGAGUACAGGACAAUUUCAAACAAAAUACCCUGCAAAGCCUUCUUUCUCUACACAUAAUGUUGAAAACCAAAUCCCAAGCAAAGAGAAGAAAGAUGUUAGCAUAAGAAGAGAUAUGGGGACACAAAGCAUACAAGCUUAUAAUUAUGUCAGUUCUAAUAGUCCAAGUCCAGUUCCAACUCCAUCAAUUGAAGAAAUGUCUAUAAAACUAAGUGAAGCAGCUGAUUCGUCACCAAUGAGUAUGACUACUCCAUCCAUUAAAGAAGGAUCCAUAAAGCUGAGUGAUGCAGAUGAUCACUCCCCUAUGACUACUCCAGAACUAAAAUCUGAGGAAGAGGUGGAAGUGAAAGAAACAAAAUCAGAGGAAGAAGACACGAAAAGAAAUGAGGAACUGUUGCAGCAGGUGCAGGGACAGGGACAGGGACAGAGAAAGAAAGUGAAGCAGAUGUGCAUCAGGCAAUUAUGUGGGUGCUUGUCUUGGUGGAGUUUGUGGAUGAGAAGAAAAACAAGGCAGAGAGAGAAGCAUAAAUCAAGAAACAGCAACAAUAGCAUUUUUCUUUGCCAUAUUAUUGCAUGCUAUAAAGAAUAAACUGUCCUUUUCUUAGAUUCUCUUUCCAUCAUUUACCGAUCAAGGAUUUUAUUCAU